AUGGAAGAAGCUCAUUAUGAUACUCCUUGGGAAUUCUUGCAUCGUACCGCUUCAUUUCCACCACGAGAACGUCCGCACUCUGACUCAUCAGAGUUACUGUUAGGGAAAAGGUUAGAACGUGGGUUACGUAUCCGAUGUUGUGGGAUUGCAGAACAGCAAACGAGUAAUAUCGUAGGAUUACCGUCAUCAUCAUCAAAUGUCAAACAUAAUCAUGCUGCCAUCAGGCAGAGAGGUACUCCAAAGCAGUUACCUGAAUGUGACCCAAGAAGAGCUUCAAGCACUGAACUCGAACGUGGUCGUUUCAAAUUCGGUAUUAGCAGGUUACGUGGUGGACGUGAUUCACGGCGAAGUCGUUAUCGCGAGGAGGAGAUCAUUCAUAGGGGUAUUGACCGGAUUGAUGCAGAACGACAACUUUGUGACCAGGAUAUAGGGGUAUUUUUGAUUCGAGCCCGUGACAACGGGACACUAGCAUUAUCGAUAAGAGCCAAUAAGGGUGUACUACAUAUUAAACUUGAGCUUCGGGAAAAUCGCUGGGUACUUGGUGAAGGGCCAACGUUUGGUUCCAUUGCCAGUAUUAUCAGUUUCUAUCACUGUCACGAGUUACCGAUUCGUGGAGCAGAUCGAAUGCUACUUAGUAGACCAGUACUUGUCACUGCUAAUAUCACUCAUUCCUAG